UCACCGAGCGCUGCCUCUGAAGGAGGGCGAAGGUUUGCUGAGCUUUGCUCGGCACCCUCCAGGGCCUUCCAUCACCGAGCAGUGACAUGCCGCUUCCUUUUUUUUCCUUAAGCACUGUCUUAUUUUGCAGAAAGAAUAAUCAACAAUGUCAGCACUAAACUGGAAGCCCUUUAUCUAUGGAGGAUUAGCAUCAAUCACUGCAGAAUGUGGUACUUUUCCCAUUGAUCUGACAAAAACACGUCUCCAGGUUCAAGGUCAAGUUAAUGAUGCCAAAUAUAAAGAGAUCCGCUACCGUGGAAUGAUGCAUGCACUAGUCAGAAUAAGCAGAGAAGAAGGAUUGAAAGCCUUAUACUCUGGGAUUGCACCUGCGAUGCUAAGGCAAGCUUCAUAUGGAACUAUAAAAAUAGGCACUUACCAGAGCUUAAAAAGAACAUUUGUUGAGCAUCCAGAAGAUGAAACCCUGAUGAUAAAUGUUCUAUGUGGUGUUCUUUCGGGAGUAAUCUCAUCAUCUAUUGCCAACCCUACAGAUGUCUUAAAGAUCAGAAUGCAAGCCCAGGGUAGUAUGAUUCAAGGAGGAAUGAUGGGUAACUUCAUACAGAUCUACCAAAAGGAAGGCACUAAAGGCUUAUGGAAGGCAAUAUCAUUGACAGCACAGAGAGCUGCUGUUGUUGUAGGAGUAGAACUGCCAGUGUAUGACCUUACCAAGAAGCACAUAAUUAUGUCUGGAUUUAUGGGAGAUACCGUAUAUACUCACUUCCUCUCAAGUUUUACUUGUGGGUUAGCUGGAGCCCUUGCAUCCAACCCAAUUGAUGUUGUAAGAACACGCAUGAUGAAUCAGAGAAGCCAACAAUAUGGGGGACACUCAAACUACAAGGGUACUUUGGACUGCUUAUUACAAACAUGGAAGAAUGAAGGCUUUUUUGCUCUAUAUAAGGGGUUUUGGCCAAACUGGUUAAGACUUGGUCCUUGGAAUAUCAUUUUCUUUCUAACAUACGAACAGCUGAAAAAAUUAGACUGACAUGCUGAACUGUAUCCUGAAUUCUGUGAGUGUACUGUUUGAGUUUAAAGCAACUUGUAAGUUGUCUUGAGUAUUUACUCUUUGUUGUCGGAGAUGCUGGCCAGAGGAAGAGGUCACUGUGAGACUCUUGUGAAUGACAAGAACCUGGAGAAGUGGUUUCAAGGCUGACUGGCUCCUGUAACAAUAGCUUGCUUAUGUGACUCUGGGUGAUGUGCACGGUUUUCUAGACAGAAUCAAAUAUGGUGGCAUUCUGUCUGUCAGCUGUGUAAGUUUACUUGAAUGUGAAGGUCUGUAAUACAGCUUUAUGCUGUUGAGACUUAGAUGCACAAUGUUUUUAAGAGGCAGAGAAAGAUAGGUAGUACCACAGAGCUGAGUUUCUCCUUCCAUAAGGGUAUGCAAUUUGACUGUGGUAGUUUAUAGUUUCAAAGUAACUGGAAGUGUCACAAGAUGCCUUUUCAGGCUUUCAGUUCAGUAAAAUACCUGCUGCAAGAUAAAAGUCUGCUUCUGGUUUUAGAGCUUUCUGUGUUCUAAGACUUUAGAUGUUGGCAUAAGUUGCUGUAAAUGAUCCAGUUUCCUUUGAAAGCAUGGUUGCCACAGCUGUCAGUUUUGUAUAGCUGCAAGUGUUCUCCCAUAUAUUCUUGAUUUUUAUUUUUUUUCAGCGUGAUUCUUCAAUGUAUGCAUAUGUAAAUUCACAAGUAGGAAUGAAGUUCAAGCAAGUCCAUGCUUAUCUGCAUGUCUUGCAGAGAAACUUUCUAUGCCUUUCCUGUUGUUGGGAAGAGCUAUUUGUAAUGGAUGCUGGGUGUUAUGUAUCAUCUGAGAUACAAGUUUUACACUGAGCAGUUCUGGCUGUGUUAUAUAGGUGCCACAGGAAAAGAACCAGGCCCCUCCAAAGGUAAAUCCACAAUAAAGAUCAUUUUCCUUGUUUAAGAUAACACCCAAACCCAGAACUACUGAGUACUUCCAUAUAUGCAAGUAAACACCAUGUAGAAA